GAAAGGACAUACAAACCAAGCAACAGCCUCCUCAACUCCACGUCGUAUCUAAAUCUAAACUAAAACGACUUCUAACACAUCCACCAAAAUGUCUUCCCACCCUUUUUCUCUCGCUAUUACACUCUCCCAAUCCUCUUCUCAAGAAGUUGAUGGAUUCCAACAACCUCGACUAGACUCCCCGCCUCCACCUCCAUCACCUCCAAACACAAUGCACGCAAUGGUAGACCCAAUACAACAUUACUAUUCCUCUCUUUUAUCUUCUCCUCAACUGGGUUCUUCGCCUCAAUCAGUUGUGUACGCCCCGCUUCCCUUACAACCACAAGUACAAUCGCAGGAGACGCCAACACAAUCCCAACAAUCCCCCUCUCCAUCCACGCCAUCUCCCUACUCACGCCAAAAACAACAAGCACUGCGAAAUGACACUUCACGCUCUCAACCUCACUCUCGACCAGAAUCUCAUCAUCACCUUCUGUCACCAUCCAUCCCGUCCGUCUUCCAAACCGAACACCAACAGACCUCGAAUGUAAUACAUUCUCCAAAAUUAAAUUACAAUACCAUCUCUUCGAGCCAACAUCCAGUUUCAACCCAAUUUCCUGAUUUCUCAACUCGUCCCUUUCCUUUAUUUUCCCCGGGAUUACCUGUGCCCCACUGGUCCUCCUCGCCACAUACAUCUACAUCCACACCCGCUUCUUUUUCCACGCCCUCUUCCUUCUCAGCUUCGCAUUCCAAUGCACACUCAAAUUCAGAUUCGGAUCUAGAAACCGGCAUCGAAGACGACAACAGAGCAAGAGAAUUAUCAUGGGACGCACAGCAUACCCAAAAACUCGCAGUGCAGAGGGCGCAACACAUGUGUGCUUGGUUCACGGGCGUUGUGAUUGGGAUGUUGGGGGUUGUGGGGGUGGUGCGCUGGGUGUUUUAUGGGUGAGGGAGGGGUGUGGAAGAGUAGUGUAUAGUACAUGGUAUAUGAUAUGAAGUGAGAGAUAUGAAGAAAAACAGAGCAGAGCAGAGGAAAACAUAGCACUCUCUACAUUUCUACCCAAUAUCUUGGCUGGGCAUGAUAUGAUAUAAUAUGAUAUAAUAUAACAUGAACGAUAUUAAACAAGAAACAAGCAGACCACAAAACCAGAGAGAAUUCCACAUAAACGCAAGUGUAAGUGCGAGUGCAAAUGUGAUUGAAGUCUAGAAACGAUGAUGUGUGGAUUGGGUGGAAGUGUAUCCAUCCUGUUUGUGUGCUUGUGUAUAUAUAUAUUUAUGCAUAUCCAAAGAGGAAAAGAAAGACCUCCCCUUGUCUUCCCCCUCUUCAAAUAAUAUUUUUUUUCUUCUUCUCA